CAUAUGUAUGCAAUCGAACAUUCCUCGGAGACUACUAGCCACAUAUAGACGUGUCAAAUUUGUAUAUAUAUAAAAAUGUUGCGAGAAAUUGGUGUGGUGUUGUCAAUUGUUGCAUUUGUUGUGGUGACUGCAGAUAUAGCUAAUUUAAAUAGUUGUGAUAUUGUUGGCAAUGUAUGUACAGUAAAUCAACUCCGCAUAACACCCUGCAGAUCGAGGAGAGCCUGCAUUUUGAAGAAGGGAACCAACGUCUCCAUGUCCUUUGACUACACUCCAAAUUUCUCCACAACAAAGCUGAAGACAGCCGUGUAUUGGGCAGACACAGGUGCUAUAUUCCCUGACCUGGGCAUCGCUGAUGGAUGCACCCUCACCACCUGUCCGGUGGUGUCCGGACAGGAUGGUACCCUCAACUACCACCUAGUUAUCGGGAAAAAACUACCCGUGGGCACUUAUAUAUUCAAAUGGAUCUUAUGGAAUGAAGAUAAUGAGGAGCAACAGUGUUGUUUCAAAACCCCCGUCCAGAUUAGGAAAUUUUCUGGAGCGAGCCCCAACAUGUCGUAUUAUUUCCUUCUCUUUGUUUGUCUUUUUGUCACUAUCAACUGUGAAUAUGUAACAAGGAAAAUAUGCAAAGAGGUCGACAAUAGUCAAUGCAGAAUCAACUACGUAACUGUGGAUCCGUGUUUGCAUGGGCCAAGAUUUUGUAACAUCAAGACGGACAAAAUAUACGAUAUCGAUGUGAAUUUUACACCAUAUUUCACAGCAGAAAGUUUACGCUAUGCCAUCUAUGGGGACGUCGGAAAUAUGUACACUUUUGACACUAUAAUAGACGAGCCGAGAAGUGCCUGCGACUCGGUCGACUGCCCCCUGAGGCGAGACACGCACACCGCUAACUUCAAACUCAAACUGGACAAGCGUGCUUCGGGCAAGUUUCCCGUCAAGGUGAAGUUUUGGAACCAGGAUGACGAGUCCCAAGUUUGUUGUUUCACCUUCAACGUUAAAUCGAAUAACUUAAAAGUAAAUGAAAUAUAAACAAAUGUAAUUAAUUGACAUAUAAUUAAGAAUAUAAUGUGUAGAGUAGUUGAUUAAAAUCUGUUGCCUAAUUUGACUUAAAAAUGGGAUUAUACACGUGGAAUUGGUUAGAAUAAUAAGAGAAGUGAAACGAUUUGUGAAAGGAAAAGAGGUGUAUUUGAGAAAUAGAAUAAGCAAGAAAACAAAACUAGCAGUAGAAAAAUUUAUAUUACAAUAAAAAGUAUAUAAUAAA